GUCCAACCACCUCAUCCUCAACUCCCGAAUCAAGUAUAUCGCCUUCAGGCCUCAGGAACUGGGAUUCUCUAUAAUUUUAUGAAAAUAGCGAGCACUGUUUUGUACUUAACAUAAUCAUCAUACGGAUUGCAAUUGCGACGCCACUAGACACUGCUCUUCGUCAUUCCGAUACCCUCCUUCGAGAACAACCCACGAUGGCCAACCCACUUGACACAGACGCCGGCUCAGAGCUGUUCAGCAGCUAUGAAGCAGAAUUGAAACUCGUCCAGGCCGACCUAAACCAGAAAUUAGAUCAAAUAGCAGAGACUACCGGUGAACAACGGAAGUCGGCUAUCGGACAAGCAGAAAGGGCCUUAGAUGAGGCCAUUGAACUGUUGGAUCAAAUGCGCAUGGAGAAACAAAACAUACCAUCCGCCGCUCGCUCAAAAGUCAACAUCCGCUUCCGCAACUACUCCAGCGACAUCGACGAAGUGAAAAGAAAACUCAAAUCCCUUUCUGAUGACCGUCGCGCACUAUUCGGAGAUCGAUAUACCGAUGACCCUGAAGCUGGGGACGCGCACAUGGAACAGCGACAACAACUCUUAUCUGGCACAGAACGGUUAGAGCGCAGUUCGGCUCGUCUGCAGGAGAGUCAACGACUUGCGCUUGAAACUGAGGAUAUCGGUCGCAAUACACUGGCUGAUUUGCAUCAGCAAAGAGAAACGAUUGAGCGUACAAGGCAGAAUUUGCAUCAGAGUGAGGGUUAUGUUGAUACAAGUAUCAAGACCUUACGGGGUAUGGCUCGUAGGAUGGCUACAAAUCGGAUUAUAACUAUUGCCAUUAUCACUGUUUUGAUUCUUUUGAUCUUUGCGGUUAUUUUUAGCAGCUUUCGGUAGACAUGAUGAUGCAUUCGCAAUGUCUCUCUAUCCAGGCGUUUAGUGCGGCAGUUUAUCGAUUUCUUAUUUCUAUAGUUACAGCUAUGCCUUGAUUUGCGAUCUAGCAAGCACCUUUGUGUAAAUCAUUCCAAUGAUAAUGACAUUUCAGUACAUUGUGGGUAUCUAACAUGCUAA